CAACGAAUUAUUUGCAAAAUCAAAACCAGAGUUCUGUCAAAUUUUUAAUACUUGUCAACGUGUAAAACAAGUUAAUAGUUAAUUAUUUUUGAUAAAAAAGUGUAACAAUCAGUGAUUUUAUACGAAAUAAAAGCUCAAGUCUAGAAAAUGGAUUUCCAAGUGAUUUUCACCGUUUUAUUCGCAACUUUCGUCACAGCGAACAGUUUAAAGCAGGGGGAAUGCGAAGUCUGCAUUAAAGUGUUAGAUAAAUUUGCAUCCACUUUAUCAGAGAAGGUUAAAAAAGACCCGAAAUUGAUAGAAACCGAAUUUAGAGACUUUUGUAAAAACACGAGGAACAAAGAGAACAGAUUUUGUUAUUACUUAGGAGGUCUUGAGGAGAGUGCAACUGGGAUUUUGGGCGAAAUGUCGAAACCACUCUCAUGGUCAAUGCCAUCGGACAAAAUCUGCGAGAAAUUGAAGAAAAAAGACGCCCAAAUCUGCGAAUUGCGUUACGACGUCGAAAUCGACUUAAAGACAGUUGAUUUGAAAAAACUCAAAGUUAGAGAUUUGAAGAAAAUUAUCAACGAUUGGGGCGAAGAUUGUCAAGGUUGUAUCGAAAAAAGCGAAUUUAUCCAAAGAAUAGAAGAAUUGAAACAUAAACAUACCGAACUUUAAGUGUGUUGUUACUAGAUUAAAUAUUGGACUGAUUAUUUAUUACCGGAGCUCCAAACGCACGCAUUUCUCAGUGAAUGGAAGUAAAACGAUUCAAUGUGCAUGAAGUUUACUUUAUUUCGUUUGUUAGGAUUGUAUUUAUAUUUGUAAUAAAACACAAUUAACGAUAAA